CUAGAUUUACUGAACUGCCAGGGAAGCCCCAUUGGUGGGAUGAUCUAAUGCAGACGCCCCCCAUAUCUCAGGCGAUCGGGGAACUAUUGGGGACAGGAAACGAAUAACCAGUCAUAAAGACUUUACAUUAACUGUGCUGUGGCCUCAUGAAGUCGGUUCAAUGAAUGGAUGGAAAAUCCAGGAAACGGCAAUACCGGGACGACUCGCAAAGCUCCAAGUCUCACAAUACAGAGUCGUGAAGACCAGCAACGACCUACAUUUAAACAGUCAGGUCGCAGACGUGUGGUUCGAGCGCGUGCAGGAUAAAUGGAAGGUGUGCUCCUCGCGUGAACCUCGCCUGACUGGACCCAUAUCGCGGAUACUAACAUACGGAUCCCCUCUGACAAUUGUAAUUCCAGCUCUCGGCGUUUCUCACUCCCGUCUAGCAGAUCAAUACGACACAGCAUCCACAGCAGCGCGGUACCUUCGACUUACAAACCGACUGGCUUUCAACCUGUCGACAUACCUGGGGCUGGAUUCGAAUAUCGUUACGGAUGAAGAAGCGCUUUCUGCGCAACCUGCGGAUAACGGCAGAGGCGUUAUCGUUUUUGGUUGCCCUGUUGUGAAUCGAUAUGCGACUGUAGCCUUGCGAUCAUCAUUUCCCAUUCACUUCAACUGCAGAAAUGAGAGAAUGGAGAGCUUCAGAAUCAAUCAUAGAACAUUUGACGAGAAGGGGACAGCAUUGCUCUUUAUGGACCAGAAACAUUUAUACAUUUGUGCAUUCGAUGCAAACGGAUAUGAGCGUGCACUACGGGCGUUCCCCUUGCGAACAGGCACUCCCAAUCCGGAAUGGAUUGUGAUCGGAAAGGAUGCUGACUUCCUAUCAACAGGCGGGAUACUUGGCGCUGGCUUCUGGAGCAGAACAGGGGAGUACAAUGAUGCGAUGUCUUGGCUUGCUUGAAGUUAGCAAUGGACCAUGUUAAACGAGGAUGUUGCUUCCGAUAAUUGCACUAUGUUAACUGCGCUGUUAAUUAUCAUGAACCACGUCGACAACCAUCUGAAGAGUCCUCGAUCGGGUUUGUCUUCUACCCAUUCGUCCCCAACAAUGUCGUCCAG